CCUGCUUUGAGGGAAGAGGGGGGAGGGGAGUUCUCAUACUGUGAUGUAGCCUGUGGCAGGGUCGCUUUCCCUCUUUCAUAGGUCGUUAAGAGACGUGGGGCUGAGAUAACAGAUAGGUACCCCAAAAUGCCCACUGAAUAAACAACUAUAUGUUCCACUGGAGGUAUUAUCUGCUCGAAUAGGUAGAAUCGGCAACUCAUACUGAGCACAGGCACAGACCCUCGAGCUGCCAAUGUGCGGGGAAACAGAGAUGUCCCCCUCAAUUCACGCCAGUCCGGUGAGCAUUCCCAUCUAAGCUAUAAUUUCCCAGGUUGCUAAGGGGUUAGUUCACCCAAAAGAAACUUCCCCGCAGGAACCCUGAUGGCUAUCGAGUCGCAGCCCAUGCGCCAUGAGAAUAGGAAAACGGUAAUACUCCCGACACCCAUUUGCGCGUGAGCGAAGAAAGAUCCCGACCUUUCUCGGAUAUGCAUUCCGUUGGAAUAUGCUUUUUGAGCACGAGAGAGAAAAUGUUUUACGUUCUAGUGACUUUUACAAGCCGAGGGUUGGCCCCAAUCCAUUCGGUACUCUCGCCUUUAUUCCCGAGAGCUCGACUAUAUAACAACUAAGUUUGCCCCCAACUUUUACUUCGGACGUGUGAGAUUUUGGUCUGUUCUUGCCUAAAGCACGCUGACGUAUCGUUUUACUUUCUCCCUCGCUGCAAACUUACUCCAGCAACUCAGCAAACAUGUCAGACUUGAAAAUUGCACGGAUCGAUGUUUUUCAAGUCGACCUGCCCUAUUCAGGCGGUGUCUACUACCUCUCUGCCGGGCGAGAGUACCGGAGCUUUGACGCUACCAUUGUGCGGAUAACCACGGAUACUGGCAUUGAGGGCUGGGGAGAAAGCACUCCCUUUGGCUCCAACUACAUUGCUUCCCAUGCCCGCGGCGUCAGGGCUGGUAUCGCUACAAUGGCACCAAGCCUGAUCGGUCUGGACCCACGAAGAGUCGACCGCAUCAAUGAUGCGAUGGACGAUGCAUUGCUCGGGCAUGAAGAUGCCAAGACAGCUAUCGACGUGGCUUGCUGGGAUAUCUUUGGCAAGUCGGUCGGACUGCCCGUGUGCGAGCUUCUGGGUGGUCGCACCGACAAUCGAUUGUCAUUGAUCUCCUCUAUUUAUGUCGGAGAGCCGGAGGACAUGCGCGCCCGAGUGGCCAAAUAUCGCGCAAGGGGAUACAAAGGACACUCAGUUAAAAUCGCAGGAGAACCUGUCCUUGACGCCGCGCGGGUCGCAGCGGCUCUUGCUGACCAGCAACCCGACGAGUUCUUUAUUGUGGAUGCCAACGGUGGAUUAUCGGUGGAAACUGCUCUACGGUUCUUGAGGCUGUUGCCUCAUGGUCUGGAUUUUGUGUUGGAGGCCCCUUGCGCCACCUGGCGUGAGUGUGUGUCUCUCCGACGGAGGACCGAUAUUCCGAUCAUCUACGACGAACUUGCCACGAAUGAGAUGUCCAUCAUCAAGAUUCUCGCUGACGACGCGGCAGAAGGUGUUGACCUGAAGAUUUCCAAAUCUGGUGGUUUGACCAGAGGCCGCCGUCAGCGGGACAUCUGCCUGGCAGCGGGCUAUAGUAUGAGUGUUCAGGAGACGACGGGUUCGGACAUCGCAUUUGCCGCAAUUGUGCAUCUGGCCCAAACCAUCCCGGAGCGAUCUUUGCGUUGCAUCUUGGAAAGUCGGGAUAUGGUCACGGUCAAGACUGCGGAUGGAGCGUUUGACGUCCAAGAUGGCUUCGUCACCGCGCCAACCACACCAGGCUUAGGAAUCACGCCGCGCUUAGACGUGCUUGGGGAGGCUGUUGCUAGCUACUUUUAAAACUGUAUAUAGCUGGCGGAAGUGAACUGUUUUGAAGAGAGGGCUGAGCUAGUCGCGGCCAUGUUGCAAUGAAACAAUUUAGUACCAUAAAAUGUGCCAUUACCUUUUAGCUGAACCGUGUCGCAGAAAAGUAGUAGAACCUACCAUGUUUGAUGAUCUGUGAAUAGCAUACUUCAACCGGCAAAGUUGUCGAUCCCUUGUAACGAGACCAACUCCGGACUGACACACGUAGAACAGGAACUACUCCUGCUGCAGACCCCAGUGACUGAGAUUGGAAGGUAAAGUGAGCUCCCAUCGCUAAAAAAAAAAAAUUUGCUUGUAUGAAUCUCUAUCUCUAGAAGGUCACCAGGUGUCGGGAUGUCAGCCGAUCGGGUCGGAAGAAGAUAAUGAACUUGAAUUAAUAA